CGGGAAUGUGACGUCACGCCGCGCGCCAGGCCAGGAGGAGGCGGGCGCAGGCGGCGUGUGUUCAGUGUGCUGGGCCGGCGACUGAGAGACAGGGCCUGUUGGCCGCCAGCGUCAUGGUUUCGCGCGUGCAGCUGCCGCCUGAGAUCCAGCUGGCUCAGCGCCUGGCGGGGAACGAGCAGGUGACCCGAGACCGGGCGGUGAGGAAGCUCCGGAAAUACAUCGUCGCCAGGACUCAGCGGGCCGCAGAUGGUUUUACUCAUGACGAGCUGCUGAAAGUGUGGAAGGGACUGUUCUAUUGCAUGUGGAUGCAGGACAAGCCGCUCCUCCAGGAAGAAUUAGGAAGGACCAUUUCCCAGCUCAUUCAUGCUUUUCAGACCACGGAGGCACAGCACCUGUUCCUGCAGGCUUUCUGGCAGACCAUGAACCGCGAGUGGACCGGCAUCGACAGGCUGCGCCUGGACAAGUUCUACAUGCUCAUGCGGAUGGUCCUGAACGAGUCCUUGAAGGUUCUAAAGAUGCGAGGCUGGGAAGAAAGACAGAUCGAGCAGCUGCUGGAGCUACUGACCACUGAGAUCCUGCACCCCAGCAGCCAGGCCCCCCACGGGGUCAAGAGCCACUUCAUCGAGAUCUUCCUGGAGGAGCUGACCAGAGUGGGCGCCGAGGAGCUCACGGCAGACCAGAACCUGAAAUUCAUCGACCCCUUCUGCAGAAUUGCCGCCCGGACCAAGGACUCCCUGGUUUUCAACAACAUCACUCGAGGCAUCUUUGAAACGAUUGUGGAACAGGCCCCGCUUGCCAUCGAAGACCUCCUGAAUGACCUGGACACGCAGGGUGACGAGGCAGCGUCAGACAGCGAUGAGUCCCCGGAGGGCGGUGAGCGCGGAGACACGCUGCCCCGGAAGAGGUCCGAGAGGCCGCCCGCAGGCUCCUGCAAGGCUGAACCUGAGGAUGGUGAGGAGCAAGCAGGUGACGACAGGGACAGUGGCGGCCCCGUGCUCCAGUUCGACUACGAGGCGCUUGCUGACAGACUGUUUGCGAUGGCCAGCCGCCAGAGCACCCCUUCUCAGAAUAGGAAGCGCCUCUACAAAGUCAUCCGGAAGCUACAGGACCUGGCAGGAGGCGUCUUCCCCGAGGACGAGAUUCCGGAGAAGGCUUGCAGGCGUCUGCUUGAAGGGAGGCGGCAGAAGAAGACAAAGCAGCAGAAGCGUCUGCUCAAGCUGCAGCUGCAGCAUGGGAAGGGGGUUGUCUUGCCUCCCGGCCUCUGGUCACAUGAGUAUGGGUGGCAUGUGACAUCCUCACCAGGGGCAGCCCUGCACCUGCUGCAGACCACCCAAGGCCUGGAGCUGCCUGUCUGCAGUGGAGGGGCUGUGCACAGUGUCAGGCAGGGGAAAGGUGAGAAGGAGCUCUCAAGCCCAGGUAUGGAGAGGAAGAGGAGCAGGAGGCGGCGCGUGGGGGCCGACCCUGAGGUACGGGCAGAGGCUGCUGAGCAGCCAGGCACAGCUGAGCAGGCCUUGCUCCGAGAACGGCCCAGGGGCCGUGGCCAGAGAGGUGCUCGCCAGAGGAGGAGGGUGCCUCGUGCCCGAGCCAGAGCAAAGGUGACCAGCGUCCAGGAGCCGGAGAAGAAGAAACGCAGGGAAUGACGUGGCCAGGCCUAGGGCAGGCAGGGAGAGAGGCCAGGCCAUGCUGGCACCGAGGAACGAGGCUGACUGGGCCGUUCCACAGACUUGGGACCACGGCCCCGGAGCUCCUGUGCCAGGUGGAUGCAAGGGCGGCACUGGAGAGGUGGGCCCGCCAUUAGGAGCCGGCGUCCUGGGAGCCGCUCCUUUCCCGAGCCUCCCCCUGUGGCUGUGAUGACCUUGGGUCAGAAGGUCAACUCUGAAGACUGAAAACUCCGCCUGCAGCAGGACUGGCGCCCCUGCCAUGGGGGGUUCCGGAAAUAAAAGCUGCUCAGCCCUUGCCCUGGAAAUGUCGCUCCUGGUAUGCCCUGCGGGCGUGUGGGAGGUGGCAGGUGCCGGCAUCUGAGCAGUGCGGUCUUUUC